AUGGGUAUUCAGUCGUCGCGGGCCAAGCGCGGCCCUCCCGAGGUGAGGGAGAUCAAAUGGGUGCCCGAUCGGGAGGCCGCACCGCUCAAGACGCUCGACGAACUGCUCGCGUACAAGGAGCAGCCCUUCCUUUGCGCCGUGGAACCGCUGUCGGACGCCAUCAAGCGCGGUAAGCCUGGGGACCCGAGGACCAUCUUCUGCCACGACAUGGGUGGCGGCUACAACGAGGACAGGUUCAUCCACGGCUGUCAUGAGAGGCACGUGUACCGGUUCCACCACUGGCAGAUCAUCGACACGUUCAUUUAUUACUCCCACCACAUGGUCACGGUGCCUCCCCCGGGCUGGAUUUCGGCUGCCCACAGGCAUGGCGUCAAAGUUCUAGGGACUUUCAUCUUAGGCAAGGACGAUGGCAAGACUAUUGGUGUUAUCAAAGGCUUAGGUCUCGUGCCCCAGAUUGCAGCCCAGCUAGCACAUGUUGCAUUCGUGGGCCGGUUUGAUGGAUGGCUAAUCAGCAUCGGGUGCGAAGUGGACCCCUGCUUCGUUCCGUUCCUCAAGGACUCGCUCAGGGCCAUCACCACAGAAAUGCACAAAGCCGUGCCUGGCUCCCUUGUCAUCUGGUACGAUGCUGUCGACGUCAACGGGAAGGCUGAGCCACACAACGAGCUCAACGAAAAAAAUUAUUGCUUUCUCGACUUAUGCGAUGGCAUCUUCCUCAACUUCCGGUGGACUAAAACCAUGCUCCAGAGGUCGGCACAACUGGCAGGCAACCGCAAAGCCGACGUCUACGCUGGGGUUGACGUGUACGCAAGGGGCACGUCCUAUUCUGGUGGCUUCGACAUGUACAAGGAGAAGUACUACACCUUUUGA